GUAAUUUUUUCCAAAGAAAUGGUAAAAUAUUUAUGAAAAGAGAUGACAACCCCUUUGAAUUUAGAAUCUAUUCAAAUAACGUCAGAGUCGAUUCUCCUGAAAGUAAAAGGUUCCCAAGUGAAAAAGGUUGGUCUCAAAGAAAAGAUGGUGCAGUUGGUGCGAUCAAAUCUCAAAUUUCUGAUUAUCCAACUUUAAUUGCAAUUCAAGAAGCUAAACAUAAUCAAUUGGUUGAUAUCAAAAGAGGUCUUAAUGGGAAUAAUAACGAAAAUUUCCCUUACAAUCACUAUGGGGUUGGUCGUGAUGAUGGUAAAGAAGCUGGUGAAUACGCGGCAAUCAUUUAUAAUACUCAAGAUUGGAAUUUACUUAAUGGUAGUUAUAAAUGGUUGAGUCCAACUCCGGAUACUCCAAGUAAAGCCUGGGGUGCUUCUAAUAUUAGAAUUGUUACUUUCACCACUUUACAACAUAAACAAUCUGGGAAGAUUGUUAAUUUUUUAAAUACUCAUUUUGAUCAAACCUCUGAAGAAGCAAGACAAAAAAGUGCUAGUUUAAUCGUUGAUUGGAUUGACCAAAUCCCAAAUGAUUAUCCGGUUUUCUUAAGUGGGGACUUCAACUCUCUUUCUAGUGAUGCUUCUUAUCAAACGAUUUCUACUAAAUUAGCAGAUACUGAUAAAAAAGCUUAUAAUCAUUAUAAUCAAAAUUGGAAUACUUAUACUGGGUUUGAAUCAACCGAUGUUCAAUCAGUAAUUGACUUUAUUUUCGCUCCUCAAGAUUCAAAUACCGGCUCAAACCCAGUAACCGUGAUUGGCCACGAAGUCAUUCCAAACAAUUAUAAUGAUUAUCUAUUCAGUGACCAUAGACCAGUCUCUACUCACUUCAAACUUAAAUGGUAGAUAUUUUACGAGUAUCUUACCCAAUAUCUCUUCUUUUUCGCCUUUUCGUGCCCGUUUUUUUUAGCCGUCUCGACUAGCUUUGACAUAUUUUUAGUGGACCUAAAAAUAUCUUUCGCCGUAAAUCGUUAUUUUUCA